AUGAUUAUUUCUGUGUUGCCAGGCAAUUUAAAGUUUGUAUGGUUUUGGAGCGAAAAACCACAGUAUUUCAUCAAACACCAAAGAAAACUCUGAAAUUUUCAGCAUCUUCUAAAAUGCGACGAUGUUCCCUACACAAUCAUUGCCGUCGAUGGUUGGGAAUCAAUCGAACAAAGUUUAUUGGAUCUUCAAGAUCAAAAAACUUCAAUAAUUAUGAUAAAUUGUGGUGCAACUCGUUCACUUUCACGAAUUCAACUACCACCAGCAGCCACAAUUUAUAUAAUCGAUUCUCAUCGACCAUUUCACAUCGAAAACAUGUUCGAAAAUGAUCAGGUUAAUGUGUUGAUUGAUGAACAAGAGUUAGAAGAACUCCGACUUCCCCAACCGAAUGAAGUGAUCAAGGAUGAAUCGGAUGAUGAUACGGAUGAUGAUGAAGAAGAUGAGGAACAAGAAUCAUCUUAUGAGGGAAGAAUGGAAAAGAUUCAGCGGAAAGCGAUAAAAAGAGAGGAGGCGAGAUUGUGGGAGAGAAGACGACAGAAUUUGUUGUGGACUUAUUAUGAAUCGACUUGGAAUGGUGCACCAAGUUGUGUUAGAUUAUUGGAAUUGGCCGCGGAAUUGAAUAGAACAUCGGCUGAAAUGAUGUGGUUUGCGGCGGUUGGAUUGAAUAGUGCUUUUAUUGAUCGAUUGGUGAGGGAUUUGGGGGAGGCGCUAUAGUUGGACAUCCACUAAAUGACAUUUUCAUGUUUUUUAAGCAAGUGAUUUGAAAUAUUGGGUUCUAAUGUUAUUCAUAUGAUAGAAUGGUCUAAGACGAACAGAAUCAUAUAAAUUUUUAUGACUUUACGUUAUCCAUAAGUGAUUUAGCGACUUAUCGACAAAAUAUCGACUAAACCUCGCUAAAUCCCUUAUGGAUAACGUAAACUUAUCAAAAUUUAUAUCAUUCUGUUCGUCUUAGACCAUUCUAUCAUAUGAAUAACAUUAGAACCCAAUAUUUCAACUCACUUGCUUAAAAAACCUGAACAUGUCAUUUAGUCGAUGCCCAACUAUAAGAGGGGCUAGAUUUGGCUUUUGUUGAAAACUCUGUGAUUUUCAAGCUUCUUUAUCAAAACUUCGAAUAGGAAAUUUUAAAUAAAGCCGAAAAAUUGCUAUAUUUAGCCUACGAAUUUCGUUUAGAAACUUGAAACUCAAUGAAAUGCAGAAUUUAUAUCUCGAACUCAUCGGAAAUACAAUUUUUUUUGGAUUCUGAGCCGAAAUUUCAUAAAAAUUCAAAUUUUCUGCAUUUUUCUUGAAAAAUUCCACAGCAGUUUUCCGCAGGAUUUUAAAAUUUCAAAAUUUAUUGAAAAAAGGAAUUUCUAGUUUUAAACUUCCAGGAUCAUGAAGAUCUCAAGUUAGCCUAACUCAGAGAACUUUUUAGAUCUCAAUCGAAAUGUACACCUCAAUUUGUAUCGAUCGAAUGCGACCAUUUAUCCACAAAUUCUCGCCGAGAAAUAUUGUGAAUCAAGGAAAACAAGACGAUCAAUUACACAUCUCAUUUGGAAAAGAGUGAGUUAGCCGAAAUCCUGGAUUCGCUAGAAUAUCGUUUUCAGACUCCCCUUGCUUUAUAUUCACAUUGGGAUUUGUAUAGUGCAAUGAUGAUUGACGAGUAUUUUUCGAUUAAAACCAAAAAUUGGACACAAAGAGGAGAUGUGAAUAUACGACAUUUAUUGGCUUCGCUUGGGUGAGUUAGCCUAACUUUUAUCUCGACAAAAAAUGAAGACGAAUAAUUUCAGCAUCACUUUGGCUGAAACGCGCCAGAAAUUCGAGGCUCUAUCAACCGAGCAACGAAAUGUGGUGACAGAUAUUUUGGAGAAGGAAAUUGAUUCGUCUUUCGCCACAUUUUUCGCGCAUUUGGGAUAUUGUGCGAAAUUGAGUGCGGCUGAUUUGGCGAGAGGAAUUUCGGUGAGAAUGGAAAUGCCGAAGACGAAAAAGGUAUGGGGAUUUGGGAAAAAUUACUAGGAUUUCGGAAAAAUUGGAAGCCUGAGUAAGCCUGAGUAGGCCCGAAAAAGAGAUUGAAUCAAGCCAAAAAAUUUCCAGUCAAUGGAUCGCUUCAUGUGCGGAACCCAACUCCUAAGAAGCUCAAUUUCCGGCGCCAAAUCACAUCGUUUCAACAUUCAACAAACCUUCGAAACCGUAUGCCAACGAACACUUUUGGUAUCGUGGAAAACGAUGGCCGCCGCAAUUAAUCAAUCAGAAAUCAUACCAAAUGGACCGUAUUAUCUAUUUUCGUGCACGAGACCGAUUGGUAAGUAUAGUUGGACAUCGACUGAAUGGCAAUUUCAGGUUUUUUAAGCAAGUUAGUUGAAAUAUUGGGUUCUAACUUUAUUCACAUGAUAGAAUGGUCGAAGACGAACAUAAUGAUAUAAAUUUUGAUGACUUUACGUUAUCCAUAAGUGAUUUAGCGGCUUAUCGACUAAACGUCGCUAAAUCCCUUAUGGAUUACGUAAAGUCAUCAAAAUUUAUAUCAAUCUGUUCGUCUUAGACCAUUCUAUCAUAUGAAUAACAUUAAAACCCAAUAUUUCAACUAAUUUGCUUAAAAACAUGAAAAUGUCAUUUAGUCGAUGUCCAACCGGACGAAAAUGUAGUUUUUUCUAAUAUUUUCAGACGAGGAAAUGAUCGAAUCACGACAUUUUCUGUACAAUACGACGAAUUUCAUGUUGCGAUCUUUUGCAUCGAUGAAAAAGGGACGAACCGCAAAACCACUUAUCGCAAUGUUCCCAUUGACUGCGGAAAAACAGGGAUGGCUUGUGGUCACGGGAGUUAUGCCGUUGGCUACAGUUUAUGAGGAUAGUUUAUUGAAAACGUGAGUUUUUUGAAGGGGAAAAUGGGAAAUUCCGAAAUUCCGGAUUUUCAGAUGCAUUGGCCGGGCUUUUGAACGUGUCAAAAAAAUGGCGCCGAAAUUACGAAUCACCAAUGAUACCUUCGAUUCGGAUGGUGAGUUAGCCUAACUUUUCCCCAUCUAAUUAAAAUAAUUUUGAUUUACAGUUAUCCAACUAAAAUCCGAAGAUCGAACAAAGUUCAUAGACUGUCUGCAGGCGAUUUUUGAAGGAUCAAACUAA